CCGGGUGGGACGCUUUAAAAGAGACGGACCGAAAAGAGGGCAUUUCCGGUCGGGGCUCCACGUGGGGAGAGCGGAAGGGAGCCGGGCAGCCAAAGACUGAGUCGAGGUAUCUUGGUGAAAAACGAGCUUUUUGCCUCACAUGGUUGCUGGACAGAAGGGGGGAGAGAUGGAGGAGAACAACCAGAAACAACAUCGCAAGAAACACAGCGGGCCCAAGGCUGGCAAGAAAAAGAAGCGGCAUUUGAAAGAUUUAGGAAUUGAAGAUGAAGAGGACGCCAGGAAGAGAAACCCCAAGGCUUUUGCGGUCCAGUCUGCAGUGCGCAUGGCCAGAUCGUUCCACAGGGCCCAGGAUUUGAAAACCAAAAAGCAUCACAUUCCGGUGGUCGACCGGACCCCGUUAGAGCCCCCUCCAGUGGUGGUGGUCGUGGUGGGCCCUCCCAAGGUUGGGAAAAGCACCUUGAUAAGAUGCCUCAUUAAGAAUUUCACACGGCAGAAGUUAGUCGACAUUCAAGGCCCUGUAACCAUUGUAUCAGGUAAAAAACGUCGGCUAACCAUAAUUGAAUGUGAGUGUGACAUCAACGUGAUGAUUGAUCUUGCCAAAGUUGCUGAUCUGGCUUUGAUGCUCAUCGACGCCAGUUUUGGAUUUGAAAUGGAAACCUUUGAAUUCCUGAACAUCUGCCAGGUCCACGGUUUCCCCAAAAUCAUGGGCGUUCUGACCCACCUGGAUAGCUUCAAAAACAACAAGCAGCUCAAGAAGACCAAAAAGAGAUUAAAGCAUCGGUUCUGGACCGAGGUCUACCAGGGUGCCAAAUUAUUCUACCUUUCCGGGAUGGUGCACGGAGACUAUCAGAAACAGGAAGUCCACAAUCUGGGGCGGUUUAUUUCUGUGAUGAAAUUCCGCCCCCUGACUUGGCAGACAACUCAUCCCUACAUCUUGGCGGACAGGAUGGAAGAUUUGACAAACCCAGAGCUUAUCCGGGUUAAUCCGAAGUGUGACCGGAAAGUUUCCCUUUAUGGUUAUCUGAGAGGAGCCCACUUGAAGAACAAAAGCCAAAUACACAUGGCAGGUGUCGGGGACUUCACGGUGAGCGAUGUCAGCUUCCUGCCAGACCCUUGUGCUCUUCCUGAGCAUCAAAAGAAACGAGGCUUAAACGAGAAGGAGAAAUUAAUCUACGCCCCCCUCUCCGGGGUUGGGGGCUUGGUGUACGACAAAGAUGCCGUGUAUAUUGACCUCGGCGGAAGCCACUCCCAUCGCGAGAGGGAGGAGGAAGGAAGACCAAAUCACGAGCUCGUCCAGAGUCUCAUCUCGGCCCAUUCCACCAUCGAUGCGAAAAUGGCGUCCAGCAGAGUCUCCCUCUUCCUGGACUCCCAGCCUUUAGAGACCGAAGGGGUCGAAAGCGAAAGAAGCAUUUUUGCGAUGCCUCAAGAAGAAAUGAAAACCGACCCGCGAACGGGCAGGGCGCGUCGGAAGGCGGUGUUUGAAAACGAAGACCGAAGUGAUGAAGAUGAGGAGGAAGACGAGGAGGAAGAGGGAAUGUCUGCGGAGGAGGACCCGGGGCAAAAUGACAGCGAGGGGGAACGCAAAGAGGACCCCAAUUGUCUACCCCAGACUGUCUUUCCGAGAUCGUCCAAGCGGCGUAAAAAAGACCCGGCACUUGCGGUACUCACCGAAUUGCCCGCCUUUGCGGACAGCGACGACGAUCUUGAGAAGAGUUCAGAGGAUGGAGAAGGAAAUGAGCUUGGAGAGGCCGAUGGAAGCGGAGAGGAAGAGGAAGGAACAGGUUCCGAAUCUAGCGCCGGAAACGCGGCCCGGUUUAGUAGACCUUUGUCGACAGACCAAGAGAUGAGGAAGGGCAGAAGGCUGGCUAAAAAAGCAGCUGAAAACGGGAGCCCUAAACGGGUAUCAAGAUCAGAGAUAGGUGAACCUUCAUCCUCCAGUGAAGAAGAUACCUCAGAGGAGGAGGAGGAGAACCUCAAGGGCUUGGACCAGGAAGAGACUCAACCAGAAAGCGCCGACAAUAAAAUGCAAGAUUCUGGGUCGCUGAAGAAUGAAGAUGACGUGGAAGAUCUCUUGAAGGACGACGAAGACUAUAAGGAGGCAUCUGGUUUUCCUUCAGAAACAGUCGGGGCUCUGAAGUGGAAAGAAGGCCUCAGCCAGAAGGCAGCCGAAGCCUUUUUGAGACAGCAACAGGCUAUUCCGAAUCUCCGCAAACUUGUUUAUGGAACAGUGGCCGAGGACAAGGAGGAGGAGGAUGAAGGAGAAAGAGAGGAAGAACUCGGAGGGCUGUUUCGCGUCAGUCGUCCUGACAAAGAAUCAAAACGAAAGAUUGAUGCUCUGGAUUGCUCCAAAUUUCCCGUGGAAAUCGCACAAGACUGGGACUCGGAUGAGGCGAUGGACACCAUCCGUGACUGUUUCGUGACCGGAAAGUGGGAGGCAGACAAAGAUGCCGAAAAAUUGUUGAAAGAAGAUGAAGAAAUAUACGGCGAUUUUGAAGACCUUGAGACGGGAACCAUGUAUAAAGGCAGAUCAGCUGAUCAAGAACAUGAGGCGGCCAGCGAAGGAGAAGAGGACAACAAGGGAAAGGACAACAAGGGGGCGGAGGAGGAAGAAGAGCAGAAGAAACGCAUCGCCAAGAAGCGUAAGCUGAAAGAGAUGUUUGACGCCGAGUACGACGGAAACGCCACCUACUUCGAUGACUUGAAGGAGGAGCUGCAGAAGCAGGCUCAGCUGAACAGGCUGGAGUUUGACGACCAAGACGACGAAACCAGAAUUCAAUACGAGGGAUUUCGGCCGGGGAUGUACAUCCGGAUAGAACUGGAGAACGUCCCGUGUGAACUGGUGCUGCAUUUCGAUCCACGCUAUCCAAUUGUGCUGGGCGGGCUCGGCAACACGGAAGGAAACGUGGGCUAUGUGCAGAUGCGGUUGAAGAAGCAUCGCUGGUACAAGAAAAUCCUCAAAACCCGCGAUCCUCUGAUUCUGUCUCUAGGCUGGAGGCGGUUCCAGACAAUUCCUAUGUAUUACAUAGAGGACCACAACGGUCGUCAGAGGCUACUAAAAUAUACGCCACAACACAUGCACUGCGGAGUAACUUUCUGGGGCCCCAUCACUCCACAAGGGACCGGGUGUUUGGCUGUCCAAUCUGUGAGUGGUACAAUGGCCGAUUUCCGGAUAGCUGCAACCGGAGUGGUGCUGGACUUGGAUAAGUCUCUAAGGAUUGUGAAGAAGUUAAAGUUGAUCGGCUUCCCUUUCAAAAUUUUCAAGAAUACGGCUUUUAUUAAGGGGAUGUUUAACUCCGUGCUGGAAGUGGCUAGGUUUGAGGGCGCAGCCAUCCGCACGGUGAGCGGCAUCCGGGGACAGAUCAAGAAAGCCCUCAGGACCCCGGAGGGCGCUUUCCGAGCAACGUUUGAAGACAAGUUACUGAUGAGCGACAUCGUAUUCCUGCGAACGUGGUAUCCUGUGUCUGCCCCGGCCUUCUACAAUCCGGUCACCUCUUUACUGAAGCCUCUGGGUGAGAAAUCCUCCUGGAUAGGCAUGAAGACCACGGGGCAGCUGAGACACGAGAAGGGCAUCAGGCUGAAGCAAAACAAGGACUCCCUCUAUAAGCCAAUAAUGCGGGCGAAGAAACAUUUCAACAAGCUGCACAUUCCCAAAGCUCUCCAGAAAGCCUUGCCGUUUAAGAGUAAGCCCAAGUUCCAAGAAAGGAAAAAGAAAGUCACCAAGGAUAAGUGGAGGCCGGCUGUCAUCAGGGAACCGCACGAAAGAAAGGUCGCAGCGCUUCUCUCGGCCCUGGGCACGGUACACAACUACAAGUUGCGGAAAGAUAAGGCACAGCACCGUCAGCAGGUUAAAGAGCACCAGAAGGUGAAAGAGAAAGAGGAAGAAGCGAAGCUGAAGAGACAGAAGGAAGCCAGGAAGAAGCUUUUCCGUAUUAUUGGACAGAAGGAGAAGAAGAAGCAAAAAUCCAGCCUGAAGGGCCGUGCGGAAAAAGAGUAAGAAGCUUAAAAACGAGAAGCAGUUGGCAGUCUUCCACACGAGCAUCCAAAACAACAAACCAGUUCUGGAUUGGAGAUUUACAUUCUGGAAAACCGUGGCGGAGCACUGCCGCUGGGUUCUAGAUCGGUCUAGUCUGGAGAAGGCAUGGACCCCCCGGAGAAGAUUCUGUAAUGUUCUGUUAACAGCAUGAGGGAUUUUUUUUUUUCACACGAUCUGCCAAUGCCUUUCUAAGCACCUGUCAGUAAGAAUUCAGACGCUGGAUCCUUGAGUUGACUGAUGAACAAAGAUCUAAAAAAAAAAUAAUAUUCCAGCUUGGUUUUCUGGAUUUGACGUGACUGUGCAGUUCGGAAAGGCAAUUUGAUCGGAGCUGAAAAGAGCCAUCCGGUGUAAAUUGUCUUUGAUCAUGCUUGUUUCGCAUGACGUUGAGAGAAUCGUAAAUAAUAUUUUAUAUUUUAAGUUUG